AUGACGAGCAGGUCUCCCAUUGCCCAUCGCGAAAACCCAUUGCAUGCAUAUCCAAACGCUCAAACAACCCAUCCCAUCACCGUCCUAAAGAGACCCAUCCCGCGAACUCAUCAUCCACAUCGCGAUAUACCGAACCCUCCUAUCGCUCCUCCCCAUAUACAAAUCGAUUUACUUAGCACUUGGGCAUUUCUGAGAUACAAAGAUUGA